GAGGCUCUGCAGCAUGUGCCUGUUUUGUAGGGAGGACGACGCUGUCCAAGUCAACCCCGAAGGCUCAAAACGGCAUCAUCCUUCAGACGUCACUGAAAGGCAGUCCACAGAUAAACGUAUUGAGCGUAUGCAAAACCUAAGGAAACAGAAGAGGAAAUUUAAUAAACGGUUUUCAAGGCCUGCCCCUGUUCCAGAACCAGGACUCCUAUGGACAUAAAGCUGAAGUCUGUAUGGAAGAAAUCAUGCCAGAACAAAAUAUGCAGAUUUCUAACAUCAAGUGGCAUUUUGUGAUUUGACUUCGUUUGAAAAAUAAAGACAAUGCUCUGCCAUUUCAGCAAAAUAAACAGUGCAACCAUUUAACA